AUGGUUCUGAGACAACGAUUAUGUGCUGCUUGGUUGUUGGUCUGUUCGCCGAGCUUGGCAGUUGGACUGCAAGCGUUUCAUCACCAAUCGAGUCUUGGUGUCACAACACUGCAUGACAUUCUUGUUUUAGCUUUACGCAGUGUUGAGGUCUUCGACAUUUCAGGAGAAGCUUGGAGCAGCAUCGCUCCCAUGUCCUGUGCACGGCGACGACUUGGAGUGACCGCUUUCUACGGCGCAAUCUAUGCUAUUGGUGGCGAAAACAGAAGUGGUAUAUUGUCUUCCGUGGAGAAAUACAAACCUUCAACGGGUUUGUGGAUGUCAGUUCAGAGUCUAGGGAUC